AAAUCAUUUGACGAAAUUCGGUGAGGGCAUAAGUUUUAAAGCUCUGAAAUAUUUCAUUUAUUAUGUUAUUUCUAGAUGAAAGGUGGUGACUGUAAGACGAAUUAAAACAUUUCUGAGGUAAAUUUCAUAUUCAUGCUGCAAGUGGAAUAUCUUGGCAGGCGGAAGAAGCGUGUUGCAGUUGCUCGUUGUGUAGAAAUGGCGAUCGGCACUCACAACAGAACCUAGGCAAUUUCUUUUGACUGUUGGGUGCUCAGACAAAGUAAUUCCAAAGCCUGAAGCCAUUGGAAAAAUAAAACGUGUGUUAUAAGAAAAAAAAGAUUAGAAGAUAAAGAAAGCAACUCCUCUGACCUCUACAUCUACUGAAGUCAAUCCUACUGUAGUGACUCUGCGUUCAGAGUUCAGUUCGACUCAAGACACGCAAUAGUCACAUCGUCUCUUCUCUGGCUCCGUGUUCUCUGCACGUAAAAUAAGACACGACUUGCUGGAUUUGGAAAUGACACGUUAGUCAAGGAUGGAUUUAUUUAGGGCUUACGUUGAUCGCCGUUCCGAUGUACACUAAGCUACCAAAAGGGUCGUGAAUGGUCAAACGACGUCAUGGAUGCAGUAGUCAAAGUUGAAAAUCUUUUCAAAAUUCAUCGCAAGUUUGAUUUGUCGCGGUUUAAAGAGUUGUAUGAAGAGCGAUUCAAAGAAAAAUACUCGUGUCCAAGCGAGUCAGGAAAGUGCAACGGAUUAAAAUUAUGUCUUGAAAAGCAUUUAGCUGGGAAAAUAGCAUUUCGGACGAAAGGCUCUUCAAUAAUUGCUUUGUUGAAAGACAGCGAGGCAGACAAGAAUGCCAACCACAAUAUGUUUGGAGAUGAAGAGGAGUUUCCUUCCCUCGCUGUGUCAGCCGCCACGUCAGCUAAAAAGAAACCUUCCCAAAAGCAACAAAUGAAACCAGUUUCUGCAUUUCGUGGCUUUGAUGUGCCUUCAAAUAUAAAUGUGAACCAAAUACCAAAAGAGGGGGCUAAGAUAUGUGAAAAUAAACAUGCAUGUACCUUGAGUUCAAAUAUACCUGACCCAGCCCCUUUUCAUAGCCACGGGGAUAUCAAACCGUUAGACUCAGUCUUGUUUAGCCGGACUCGUAGAAGCGUAGCAUUUGAUUUCGACUUGCCAAUUAAACCAAAGAUGAAAACCCUUACAAAAGGUGAAGUGGACGAACGUGUAAACAGCAUUCGGAACUUUCUAUCAAAAUCUGGGAAAUAUUUUGAUGUCUAUGAUUUAUCUAGAAAGCUUUGCGAGGAUCUUGGAGUCCAAAGUGUCCAAGAACUGAGGUGUGUUGACGAUAAAAGGCAAUUCAACAAAGAGCUUGAUAUUCCAGCGAUCAAAGAAUUCUCAAUGACGCAAAGAAAGGUCCUCUGUCUGAUUCACUCAUAUUGCACAGCCGCUACUAUAGGCACGUUGCAUGACCUUCGAGAUUUCAUUUGUGUCGUCGAGAAGAAAGAUUCCUUUGAAGAACUGAGGCUAGGCCCUUUGGAGAAAUUCCCCCUUGUCUUGUUUCAUUUCCAAUUUCCUCCUGAUGUGGAGAUUCGCAAGCUAACAGUUGUCCAAGUUAUGAAGCAUUUAUGGCACUACAGCGGCACAGAGGGUAAAGGCAAGAAAAUAGAAAUUGUAAAAUUCUUGGAAUACGUUGCUAAGAAAUCUGGAAUUGAUUCCGUGCUGGAGACGGGUGUUAUCAUUAACAGUAUAGCCCUUGCUAUAUCGGUUGUUAAGAAAACAAGAUUUGGUGACAGAGACUCGAUUAAGAAGGCUGAAGAUGAUUUGGUGCAAAGCAUGAAUGAAGAUGUUGAAAACUAUAUUCAAACUCUUCGCCGUGGUUUAACUGGCAAAAGUAACAGAACAGCACAUGGGCAGCCAGAGAAUGUAAUACAAAAGAUUGCAGGUAUGGCCAUGGAGGAUUGUAUUAUGGAGAUUUUUACGUUUGCCAACAACACGAAGCAGAAGUUCAAGAGACAAAUAGCGACGAGGACUCUCUUAUAUGGAGCAGAUAUGGUCAUAGAUAUAAUGAAGAUAUUUAGAGGCACUCCGCUCCUUUGCAAAUUGUUUCAUGUUAUUGUUGCAACCGGUGUUUUUCGAAAAAUUGGGAUGGAUGACUACGAGUUGUUAAAGAUACUUGGAUUUGAAGAUUCGUUAAAGAAGAUGACUAAAGAACGAGCCUUAGAGGUGAUGGGAGGUGAUGGGAGUUCAUUUUCAAGUCAACAACCAGGAAAAAUGGGCCACGGCAAAGUGAUUGUUGAUCACGGCAAGCUAGUUGAUGUACUUGUAAACUGGUUGAAAAACGCAUCUAAGCCAAUAAAUGUUCAAACACUGUCUACUAUUGAACAUAAGGUGGUGCAAAAAUUCAACGCAACUUGCUUUGGUGAUUUUGGGGCUGGACCUCUUCUUGAGUUCAUCGCUAGUCAAACCGAGGUUCAGACUGCAGUUGGGAAACACAUUGUGGUUUUUGGCGGGAAUGAAGAUGACGAGGAAGAUACAAGGUACACAAGGCAGAAGAUUGCCAGUUUUGCGUUACAAUGUGGCUCAAAUAGACAAGAGAGAGAUGUUGAGAGAGCUAUAAGACAACAAUUUGAAUUUGCACGAACAUGGCCAAGGCAGCGCAUAAUUCAAAUGCUGAAAAACUCUCAAAAUGAGGAAACUUGCAACAGCAGAAAGAUCACCUAUCUCCACGCACUUGACUGCGGCUGUGCCGUAUCGAGCUUUGCCAAUGCGGACGAAGACCUGUCAAAUGCACACCAAGAUGCAGGAGCCAUUGGACAUUUAACUAAACAAGACGCCAUUAGAUGCCUGCAAUCAGCACCUUUGCUUGAAAACCUAGCUACAUGGAGCUGCUGGAACCUUGUCUUCGAGCCGCAGUUUGGCGGACUAAAGUCAUUUGUAGAAAACACAGAGUCAGUAAGUGCUGUUGAAACACCGACGAAUCAGCUAUUGAAAAUCAGCCUUGACUCUUCCCCAGAUGAUCUGUCUUGCGCGAUCAAUGCGGGAAACCCUCAGGAAACUGCAGGUCAUGUGGUCUCAAUCAUCUAUGCAAGAGAAAGCAUAUCGGAAUCACCUCUCAUUCACAUGUCCAAUGUAGUCAAGUCAUCACUGGCCAAUAGAAUCGCACAAGAUGAAGAAAGCUUCUCUGUUGAGAGAUUUGUUCUCGAAUGCAUUUUGAAGAUACCUGUUACAUUUUGCUGCUCUCUGGUUAACCAGGUUUUCCUGAGACCCUUACGUGAAUUACUUGGUAACGAUUUUGGUCGCUGUCCAGUUGAGACCAGGCUACUUCAACAAUGCCGGUCCAACGAAGAGAAGUCAUUUUUGCAUUAUCUUGGAGUUGUCUUGGUGAAAAGGGAGUGGAGCUCUGAUUUCUCCGAGAACCGCUUUAGGACUAUAGAACCACCUACAAUGCCAUCUUCUGCAAAAGCAGUGAAGCCCACAGGAACCAACAUGCAUGAAUCGCUCAAACCCGUGGAAGCGGAAACAAAGAAUAGGGGCGAUAAUGGUGCCAUCAAUGAUGAAAACAAUGGUACGGGUGAUGAUACCGGCUUGAAAGAAACCAAAGACCAGUGUUCCGAGGAAUCAAAACCGGAAAGUACCAAGCAGGAGCUAAGCUCCGAGAACGAUACUUCUAAUGGCUUGACCGAUGAAGACGACAGUAGUGAACUAGAGAACGAAGAGGGAGAAAUCAAAACAGUUGUUGGUCAGCUUCAAGAUCGCGCUGAACACUGUAAAGAUCUGAUUGAUGACAUCAGACGUACUGAGUUCGGCAUUGGCGAGGUCCUUGAUGAGAAAGGGGGUGAUUUGCUGCGUAGAAAUAACGAUCGACUGUGCAGGAGCUUGGAUCGACUGUCAAAAGAACUGUAUGCAAAGGACACGCAUUUUGUGCUGGAACUCAUACAGAAUGCCGACGAUAACAGUUACGAUAAAGAACUGAUGGGGCAUGAUAGUGAAGAGGGGCCAUCAGUUGCGUUUAUCGUUGAUCAAGAUAGUAUUGUUGUGUUGAACAACGAGCGUGGAUUCGAAGAUUCCAAUAUAAGAGCCAUCUGUGACGUAGGCAAAAGUACCAAAGGAGCUCAUAGAAAGGGCUAUAUCGGUCAGAAAGGGAUUGGGUUCAAGUCUGUAUUCAGGAUAACGGACUGCCCAAAGAUUCAUUCCAAUGGUUUUCAUAUAUGCUUCGAUGCUGCUGAGGACAAGAUGGGAUACAUUUGUCCCCAGUGGUGUGAGGAUGAUUCCCCGUGUUUGCAAGAAUACCAACCUUCCGCCGAUCACUGCAGUAUAGAAAUAAACUGGAAGACAAAAAUCAAUCUUCCUCUGAAGAAGGAGUUAGCAAAUUCGAUGGUAACAGGCUCCCGCUUUCAGGACGUUCACCCAUCCUUGCUGCUUUUCUUGAAUCGAAUAAAAGUCAUCAUUAUUGACAACCAGGUCAAUGGAAAAUGCCUCGUUAUGAAAAAGAGAUACAAAGGAAACAGCCUCGUUGAACUGACUCAGAAUGGAAUACCUAGUUUAUGGUUUGUAGUCACGAAGGAAACUGAGAUAAACAUUGGCGACGAGCAGAAGACAACAGACCUAUCCUUGGCUUUUCCAAUAAGCGACGUUAAUGACGCAAGCAUAAAAUCACAGGCAUUCCCACCACAAAACGUCUUUGCGUUUUUGCCGUUGCGGAGUUACGGGUUCAAAUUCCUUAUUCAAGCCGAUUUUGAAGUACCUUCAUCAAGAGAAGAUAUUGAUCGAGACAGUGCAUGGAAUGUAACGCUGUUAAGCAAGAUUCCGCAGCUUGUGGUCGAUGCAUAUUUCAAAUUUCGGGACAGUGAAUUGGACAACGACCCAACAGAGGCGUUAUAUUCCGCAACACGGUUUUUCCAAUAUCUGCCCUUGGAAAGCGAGAUUGUUGGUGUCUUCAAACCCAUUGCCAGAAAGAUUAUCCAACUGCUUCAAAGUGAGGACUGUAUACCCAUAUGGCAGGGCAAUGAUCAUGACAAAGUACUCGCCAACGAAAGACAAAAAGAAAGUGACUCAAAUGUUGCGUCUUUGUACUGGGCCAAGCCUCCACAGGUUCUCUUUGGUGACUCAAUGCUGCGGAAUAUAUUGAGCCCACGUGAUCUGAAGCGGUAUCUCAAUUUGAGCUACAUAAGUGUUGUUAUGCAACAGAACGUCAGCCCGACACUCCUCAAAAGUCUUGGUGUUCAAUCCGAGACACUGGAUGGCUUGAUUGAAGUUUGCAAAUCCCACUUGAAGGCUAUUGUUCAGGAAAAAGGGAAAGCCUCAGAAGUGGUCCAGUGGAUAGGAAAGUGGCUGGUUUGUGUGUCGCGAUUCUUGGAAAAACAGUACGAUGCGAGCGAGGAGAGCCUUCAGAAAAUCAGAGCGAUUUCCGUGUUUCCUCUUUCAAGAGGAGACCUUACAAGCUUGCUUAGAGGUAGUCUGUUCUUUCCUUUGGAGAAAAAUAACGCGAAGAAGUCUGCAAAAGACAACUGCGUGCGUGUUUUGGAACACGAUUUGAACACGCUGGACAGAAGAAUCUUUGAUGGCCUUGACCAGGUUGACAAAUUAAAACUUGAGCGAUUUCUAUCAGAACUUGGUGUCAAAACAUUUUCACCACGAGAAGCUAUCAAGAACCACAUAAUUCCAACUUUUAAAUCGGCAAACUGGCAUGAGAAGGAGCAUCUUGUGGUCCCGUUUCUGGUUUAUAUCAAGAAACAAUGUUGCAUCGAAGAUAACGUCGUUGACAUAGAUGCGUUAAAAGAAAUCAUUGCGAUAAAGACAAACAGAGGAAUAGUCAAACCACUAGAACAGCAAAUUUACUUCACCCCGUCGUAUGGAAACCAGUACGAUUUGCAAGCAAUGUUUCCUGACGUCGAAUGGUUAUUGCUUGACGCGGUGUAUAUGGAGGGAAGAACAGAGGAGAUAAAAUCAUGGCGGGAGUUCUUCGGUUUGCUUCGAGUAAUGGACUUUCCCAUAAUGAGGCAGAAGAGGGAAAUUAUAAAGCAGAACGAGCUGGCUUCUUCACCGUGGGGUCCAAUCAAACCAAACUGGCCUAGCACUGUCGAAGACACGUACGAAAUUUCUGACUUGGUUUGUCCUGAGCUGGAGCAGGUUCUCGAAUCCAAAGACCAUCAACAGCUGUUAAUUUUGGCAAAACUUCUGGAUCAAAAUUGGAUGUCUCUAUUUGUCCGGAAUCAGAGUGUGCCUGUGCGAGAUGCCAAGGGGCGUGAAAUUGCAACAACGGCAUCGUCUUUUCUUAUCAAACUGAAAACCAAAGCUUGGUUGCCAGGGAACAAAAGAGGACUAUUUAAACCGGAUGACUUGUACCUGAAGACUCCCGAAGUUGACAGCCUUUUGGCUAGUUUUUGCUCAUACUUUUCUGGGGACUUGAAUGAUAUCACGUUUAUAAACGCUAUUGGGAUACGAAAUACAGUAGCACUUGACACCAUUUUCAGAAAAUUGGGCGAAUGGUCAGAGGAUGAUACAUUUGCCACCACACUAAAGCACAUGACAAAUGUUUACAAUUACAUCAAAGCCCAUUUAAAGGACGUUGAUGCAGCUGAUUUAAGCAAGCCAAUUAUUUUCGUGCCGGAAAAACCUUGCAAAACGGUCUUUUUGUCCAGAGGAAAAUUAUUGUCAAAAGGAGAGGUUUGUUUGUACGAUUAUUCAAAAGUCAUGUCCAAACGUUCGUCCCUGCUCACCAGCAAACGUCAGCUUCUUUGUCAGUACUACCCCAAGGAAGUCCUGGAAUUUUUUGAGAAGGACAUGAAUAUUGACAAGACACCAACACUGAGAGAUUAUAUCAACAUUGCUAUAGCGAUUGCAGAAGAUACAAGGCUGCCUGACUAUGAAGCCUAUAAUGAUCUGAUGGCAGUUUUCUCCCAAAUUGGGAUAAAAUGUGUUUCAUCGGAUCACGAAGAAGAGUUUCAGGAUAUUGUGAAAAGCCAUGAUAGCACAUGGGAACGCUUUGAUGGCAUGAAAGACCUUUUUGAUUUCGGAAAAGCUAACUUUGUUUAUGAAAAUUUGAAGGACGAGAAAAUCAUUCCCACUGAAGACCACUGUUUUUCGUCCCCAAAAGAGAAGCCUUUUCUUGUGGAUGAUCCGAAGCUUGCAAAAAUCUUCGAGAAGGAGCGCUCUGUGCACUUUGUAGACACUGAAGGUAUAGCAGCCAAAAUGGAAGCAACAGCUGCUAAAGGCGACAGAGACUCAAGAAUAAAGGUGAAAGAAGAACGCACACGUGGGGCUGGAAUCUUGGCAUUCAUGGCUAUUUGCAAGAUAGAUACAGUAUCUCAAGUUUUUGUACCACCACUUAUAAAUCCAGAAAACUCAAUCAAUGGUUGUCCCUAUUGGCACAAAGCUUUUACGAUGCUUCUCCCAUACGCCCAAAGGUUUCUGCGCACAAACGACAAGGCCAAGUACGAAUGCCUUUUACAGAAAAACUUCCCAGAACUACUCAAAAAUUUGUCAUUUUACACGGCGAGCAGCAUCAUAGCAGUCCAUACUCUACGCGGUAUAGACAAUAUUUUCGUGCAGGUGAGCAGAAAGUGCGCUGUUGAACUCACUGAAAAAGGGAUUCAUUUCUACAUAGGACGAGAUGCAGUCCAUGAUAAGGAAGAUGUCAUCUCUGAAUUUGUUGCACUGUUUGAAUUGGAAAACAAAGAUCUUGCCGACCGCUGCAUCGACUUGCUGGUGUUGUUGGAAUCAAUGAUCCAAGGUGACAGCAAACCUGAGGCUAUCGAGCAACGCCUUAAGAGAAAAAAUAUUCCCAAACCCCCCGAAAAUGAGCCAGUUUGGGCGUUGAAAGAAUCUGAGGAUCUGAAAGUAGUCGAGAUAAAACAGCAAAGCAGUGCUUCCGAAAGAGAGGCAAAUUCCUCGGAUGCCAUGACAUGCUGGCCACCACGGGCACCAGAGGUAGGAGUUGGCAGUCUAGCGAAGCCACCACAGAGUCACAUGGGCGCUGCUGCUCAGACACAGUGGCCGCCCCUCCCACCUGUGGAACUGACACUAAGUCAAUUUCUCACAGAAGAUACAAACAGUCGUGGAAAGAAUUCCGGUAUGAAGUUGGCAAGCACAGAUUCUGAUGAUCCUAGAGCUACAACAGCAACAAGGAAAACAGCAGCACCAACAGAAGCAACAACAGCAACGAAAGCAACAGCAACAACGAAAACAACGGAAGUGGCAAGGAAGCUACCAAAAUCAGAACAAUGUGUGACUGAGAACGCUGGAAAAGCAAAAACGCAGACUGAAGCCAGCAGAGGAGCUACUACUGGUGACGUCAGAAGAAACUCUUCCGAUGAAGUCAAGAAAAAAAUCUCACCAGACGAGGCCAAAGAAGAUACACGUGUUUCUGAGAGCGUCUUGGUGGUUAAACCACAAAACCAGGAUCUUGUUUCGGUGCAACCAAGAAAUCAUCAACCUGGGGGAAUUACACCUGUUCAGAAGAAGAAUUCAAACAUUAUUUACAUUGACAAUAAUGCUGGUCCUGAAAGUAUACCUUUGAAUGUCAUUGCACAUAAGACUGUUACAAUCGAUGAUCGUGAAAUUGAGGGUCUCCAGAUUCCUUCGAACUUAGAUGAAAAAGACACUACAGCUGUAGGACGCUAUGGUGAACAAAUUGUUUACUCGUUCAUGAAAAGGAAAUAUGAGAGUGAAGAAAUCGAAGUUUUUUGGAUAAACGAGGUCGCAGAGAGUAAGCAGCCAUUUGAUAUUUUGAUUGUUGAAAAGAAAACCAAUCGUGUUCUACAUUACAUCGAAGUGAAAUCAUCAACCAGUAUUGACCCUUCGAAACCCUUCGAAAUUUCUCCAAAGGAACUCGAAGUUGCGUUCAACAAUGGUGAGACCUUCCAUCUUUAUAGAGUCUCUGGGAUUGGCAAUAGUGUGGUCAUGUACUGUUUCGAACGCCUCAAGCAGCAUUUGCACCAAGGAGGUAUGAAGAUAUUCUUGGUCUACUGAUGAUAAACCUUUUUGAUACUUAACUUUACUCUUAAGCAUUUUUAACAAUCAUGAUUUUAAUUCAGUUCUUAUACCUGAAUUUUAAAUUAAAACUUAUUUUGUUUUAAUUCAUUUAAUUCUCUUAAAAUGUAGCGAUAAUGCUAGUGUCCAAAUUUUUAAAGCAGUAAAAACUCCAAGCAUAUUUGCAAUGCAUUGAUUUCUUUCGUUCAUCAAACCCGCAUGCGGGAUUAUCGGAGAGGCGGGAUUAAUUAUAGAAAAAAACGGGAUUAUUAGAGAAGGCGGGAAUACAAGAGAAAAUACGGUAUUUGAUCAAUAAAGUCGAUCGAGUAGCCGCGUUCCGUAAGUUAUAAUUCUAAUUAUGUUCAGAAGCAUGAAGGUUAUAGAAGAUAUAUUAAUUAUUGGCCUAACGCUCGGUAAAAUGGUACUUACCUCAUGCAGCCGCCUCUGAUGUAUCUAGAUUACUCUUUAUGCUGCUACAAAUUCUUAAUGGAAAACCAACUUAUUUUGGACUUUAUAGAACCAAGUGUUUUCAGAUUUCAGCAAACUUGACAUCUUUUAGAGUUUAUACUUCAAAUUCAUAAACUUUUUAUUGAUGUUUCUUUUUGUAGAAUCUGAUUUUUCAGGGUUUGUCGAACUUUAGAUGUUUCAGAUUUCGAAUUUUCUUUCAGUAUUUCGAAACAAAUAGUUCGAUUUUUAUGGAUUAUAUAUUUUACCAAAGAUCUGUUAAAAUUAUAUUUUAUUCAGAUUAUGUAGAAUUUAAUUAAGCUUGAAAUAUUGCAAGAUUUGAUUUUGA